AUGCCUCACGAACCCUUUGUUUCCAGUCUAGUCCGUAUUCGACGGGAAGGUCCAAAUCGAAAAGGAAAAAUGACUUCAAUCACUUGCAAUAGGCAGAACUUCUUGUUGGUGGAGGUGAAGGGAAGGGAAGGAAUGAGAUGGGAUGUGAUGAUUGACUUAGCCCAACCUCAGGGGUCAGGUGUGGUGGAUCCUUGUGAACUCUUAGCCAACAUUGAUAUUCAAAUGAACAAAGCAAAAGAUGAAGCUUGGAGCCGAAAAGAGAUAAUGGAUAAGAUAGACCGUUGGCUUGCUGCAUGUGAUGAAGAAAAUUGGCUAGAGGAUUAUACUUAA